CCAUUUUCAACGGUUGUCAAGGAAUGACUAAGGGUUUGUCUGUAACCAAUAUUUUAUUAUUCAAGUUUUUCUCUCUUCCUUUAUGACUUGCAUUUUGGUUUCAUUAUUUCAAUUGAAUGUGAUUCAUUUGUAACAAUUAAAACAGUUGGAAUGGUUAAAGAGACAAAUUAAUUUCAAUUAUGUGCAAUCAAAUGUGUUGAAGAAAUCAAAUCAUCUUUAAUGACAUAAAAUAUCAACGGGAAUUAGUUGACUGUUCAACAAAUUAAUUGUGUUUCGUUAUGGAGGAGCAGUCUGUUAUGGAGACGGAUAAGCCUGAAAAGACCGGAAAGACUGGGUUAAUUUAUUUCAGUCACAUUCCACCUGGUAUGGAUGUUCGAAAAAUUAGAGAAAUUUUCAGUCAAUUUGGUGAAGUGGGUCGUAUUUAUUUGGAGAAAGAUACUGCUACCAAGAAACUUGGUAAAAAGACUAAAUUUCAUCGUUACACAGAAGGUUGGCUCGAAUUUAAGAAGAAAAAGACAGCCAAACAAGUGGCAGAAAAGCUAAAUGGUCAACAAGUUGGUGGUAAAAGACGCAAUGUUUAUUUUGAUAGCAUUUGGAGCAUAAAAUAUCUCCACAGGUUUAAAUGGCAUCACUUGAAAGAAACCAUAAUCCAACAGAGAGCUUUAAAUGAACAAAGGCUACGUUUUGAGCUUGAACAAGCUCGCAAAGAGACCAACUUUUACCUUGAAAUGUCUGAAAAACGUAAAAGGAAAAAGUCUGCUAACAACAUCGACCCAACUAAAAUAUUGGAAAAACAAAAGGAGACAGAUGAAGUUAUCCGGAAUCAAAAGAAAACUCCGGAUGUUGAUCUUGACCUAUUGAAGCGUAUUUUUAAUUAAGCAAUCGUUUCAGUUAGGUUCUGGAUAAUGGUUCAGUUUUUAGUUCGUAGUGAGUCAGACAUUUCAGCAAAUUUGAAUCAAGUUUCUAACUCUUUUCGGGUCAAGAUCACUAACUUAUAAUUGAAGGAAAAUAUUGUAAACUUGAUAUUUAAAUUUAUCGGAAGUCUUUAAGGUUCUUAUUGCUAUUAAAACCUGAUCAUGUGAAUAUCUGAGGAAAACUUUAUGUAAUUCAUCAUUGUAAUGUAAAUACAAAAAAAUAUUUUCAAAUUGAACUUGAUAUAUUUUCAAUCAGCUUAA